CCACCCCUACCCCACCGCCACCACAGCGAAUCUGCCGCCGCCAAUGCGGAGCCGCCGUCCGGCCCCUGCGUUCAAAUCUCGAACCCCGCGGCUCCCGCUGACCGCGUGUUGAGAGAAAAACAAACGCCGUAUGAAUUCACUCAAACUACACUCAGAUAGGUUCAUUGAACAACCCAAGAUCCAUCACAUCCAUCAUGUCCGGGCCACAUCCACUCACUCCAAGGACUCGAGGGCUGUGCGUGAGCCACAGCGACCACGACAGCACGCCGACCGUCAUGGCCGUGCGCCUGCGUCCCGGCCAGGGCCUUGUGUCGGAGCAACGCGAGCGUUGGGAGCGCAAGCGUAACAGGACGGCGCGCGAGCUGGUGCAGAGCGAGCAGCAGUACCUCCACCACCUGCAGCUCGUCGUCACUUAUUUUGUAGAUAUCAUGAAUGCCAAAGGAACACUCCGCCAGGAAGUCAGAAAUGCCAUCUUCAGCACCGUCAAGGAAAUCCAUGCAGUGAACAGGACAUUCCUCAGUCAUUUGGAGAAAAGCAACUUUGGAUUGGGAUUUGAGAGCUUUUCUCUCUGCCUGUUUCUUUACACCAAUUACAUAGACAACUUGGAGACAUCUUGCAAAUUGCUACAGGUGCAGCUGAAGAAAAGCAAGGAGUUUGCUCGCUUCAAGAAGCUCCAGGAAUCGCGACCCGAUUUCCAGGGCCUCACCCUGGAGCAGCUGCUCCCACUGCCAGCCCAGCGCCUUGUGCAGUACAAGCAUUUUGUGCGGGAUCUCGCAGAAAAUACAAACCCCGACAGUGGCGAGUUUCAGAAGCUCAGAAAGGCCGUGAGGGCCGUGGCGGAGGCGUGCCAGCACGUGUCGGAUCGGGCGCGACGCCGCGAAAAUGCCCUGCAGAUGGUGCGCGUUCAGAGGAUGCUCAAAGGACGCCGGAUCGACAUCGCCUCGCCUGGCCGCCGCUAUCUGCGCGAGGGAACUCUCCUUCGCGUGCCAAGCAAGGGCGGCGACCCCACCCCCAAGAUGUUCUUCCUCUUCUCGGACCUCCUGCUCAUGUGCAGCCGAUGCAGCCAGUUCCACCCGCUGCAUGCCGACAAGUACGAGUGCCGCGCCGUUUAUCCGCUCGCCGACUGCUCCGUCCAGAAGGUGUUUGGCAAUACCCAGAGUCAAGGGGGACUCAUCAACCUGUGCUACCAGAAGGAGGAGCUGCUCCUGAUGUCAGUGGACCAAGAUGACAUCAAUGACUGGUUUAAGCAUCUGGAUGCCGCUAUUGGGCAUCUGAAGGCACGGUCGGCUGUCAUACAUCGCCAGGACAACCUUGCGCGACGGCCCUUGCGUUCUGUGGCAGCGGAGAACACGCAGCCUGAAAAUUCCACGGAGCCGAAAGAGCCACCGCCAUCCAGAAAGAGGCACAGGGCAGAUGGACACGAGGAGCAUCACGUGAACGGCAACAUGGACACUUCUGCAAAAAAGACACGGCUGGUGCAGCCACCCACACGGGCUGGAGACGGUGAUGUGAGAAGUCUCCCUGCUGCUGAUAGCGAGGGCAUCUGCACCAUCCUGUGAGGUUGGCCUCCAAGCGCCGGGCUUCUAAGCCACCCAGCGUGCAGCAGCGGGGGAGGGGUGCACUGCUCACUUCGCGGUCCGCCAAAGCACACGCAAGCCGGGAGGAGACAUUUGAACCUUAUGGCGGGUUACCCCGGGGUGCCAUAGUACCCCGGCUCUCACACAAUGUCCGUGAUGCAGUCAUGUUUAGUCCGUUGAUGGUCGGCG